UCCUUCUUCUCAGAUGACUCUGGCUUGUGUCAAGUUGGAAAAAACUAACCAGUAUACAGUCAAAGAUUAUCUGACCACAGAAGCAUGGUUUACUUUGGGACUUUGCAUUCUGCUUACUUGAUCCGUAUACCGGCUUCCUUUGCCCGUGCGCCUGGAGCCUUGCGUGUCGUUGCUGCAGGUUUGGAGCCCUUCUUCCUGCUUCCUUUUCAGGAUUGUUUUGGCUAUAUUAGGUCUCUUGUUAGCAAAAGGUUGAUCGUGUCCUGAGCUGAAGAUGUUCCCAGAACAGCAGAAAGAGGAGUUCGUGAGCGUCUGGGUCCGAGACCCCAGGAUUCAGAAGGAGGACUUUUGGCACUCUUACAUCGACUAUGAGAUAUGUAUUCACACGAAUAGCAUGUGUUUUACAAUGAAAACAUCUUGUGUGCGAAGAAGGUAUAGAGAGUUUGUGUGGCUGAGGCAGAGACUCCAAAGCAACGCAUUGUUGGUACAAUUACCAGAACUUCCAUCUAAAAACCUAUUUUUCAACAUGAACAAUCGCCAGCAUGUCGACCAGCGCCGUCAGGGCUUGGAAGAUUUCCUCAGAAAAGUCCUGCAGAAUGCACUCCUGCUUUCCGAUAGCAGCCUCCACCUCUUCCUGCAGAGCCAUCUGAACUCCGAGGACAUUGAAGCAUGUGUUUCUGGGCAGACCAAGUACUCGGUGGAAGAAGCCAUUCACAAGUUUGCCUUGAUGAAUAGACGGUUUCCCGAAGAAGACGAAGAAGGCAAGAAAGACACGGAUGUAGAGUAUGACUCAGAAAGUUCAUCCUCUGGGCUUGGACACAGUAGUGAUGACAGCAGUUCUCAUGGAUGUAAAACGAACCCAGCUCUGCAGGAGUCCUGAGAAGGAAUUCUAGGGCUACCACCUUAGGAAUGAAAUUGUGCCCAGCCAGAAAGAAUGCUUGCUCAUAAUAGAUUCUUACCCAAUGCCACUGUCAGAAUCCUAGGUAGUGAAAUUCUUAAAGUGGUGGGUUAUUAGUAGUAGUAGUUUUAUGUUGUCUAAUUCUAGCCAAGCUUCUAUGUGAAGCUAUAAGGUCUGUGAAUGCCAUGCGGGCCCUUUAUUGCCAUCCCAUACUUGUAAAUACAAUCCUGCUCUCAAGUGAAAUGAGUUAUAUGCUAUAUAUAUAUACAGUUGGUCUUAACUGAAUUUUAAAGAGCUAGGUGUAUUAGUAGCAUUUAAAGCCAGACGGGGCAUCCCGGCUGUGCCGAUGAGGAAGUUACUGUAAACACAGUGUGCGGCUGGAGCCAGAGUACACAGUCACGGCGCAGCACACUGCCUGCUUGCCUCUCUGACACGUGGCUCUUGUCUUGUGGGGACUUCUUCUCUGGAAAAUACUUUGCCUUCAGGUAUUUGAUUGAAAUAUUUAAGAGUAUUUAAGCUUUCCAGUAUACUGUAUCAUGUGUAAAUGGAAAAUAUGUCUUACAAAUAAAGAUGUACUAAAAAAUAAACCGUUUACAUCUUAGGAGGGAAAAAAACCAAAAGUCUUUGUAAUUUUACUUAAAUUUGCCAUACACAGACUUACAAAUACAUUCUCACCAUCCAAAAUCAGCUUAAACACCAGUUCUGGCGACAAGUCACUCUUUUAUCAUUAUGCAAUUAGAAUCAUAGCUUAUGAUUUAUUUUCAGGCAUUUAAAAAAAUGUACAUUAAAAAAAAAGUCAAAACAAAAACAAAAACAAAAAGUCACCAGGUAACUUCUGUCAGGGGUGGCUCCUCUCCGUUCAUUCUUUCCAUUAGAAGAAGGUUUUUAUGAGUUAAUUUUACCUAUAAAUAAUUCAGUAAUUUUGGAGUGGAAGUUGGGCUGCUAAUGUCAGAGCCCAUGUUCAUGUUUUAGAAGCCCUUUCUUUUUAGUUGUCUCUCAGAAGAUUGGUUUAAUUUGAAUAAAAUACCCCCCCCUUUUUUUUUUAAAAAGUGGCCCUAAGAUAAGAUGUCUUGGGUCCAGUUUCAGAUGAAGCAGUGUUUUCCUGGGAUAAUUAGCCAAGGGCUCUCCAGAGUCUUCCCAGAUAUCUCUGGAAGACAGCGACGGAAUUUUCACCUAAGAGGGAUAACUUGUUGCUUCCAAUGAAUGGCUCCCACUCUCAUGGGUGCAAAAGCUGCUGCAAAAAGCAACCAUUUACUUGGGUACUUAAGAAUUAUUGUAUUAAUAAAAAGUUAUUGAAUUGUCUGUUGAGAUGCUUGUUACAGAGACUUGGUAAAAAAGAAAUAUUCAAUUUGGAAUAAGAAUGAUUUUUUUUUUAAAGUUCUGUCUGAAACAUUAUUAAACUUCUGUAAAUGUCUUGA